AUGCGGACUCUUUUGCUUGCACUUGCUGCCAGUACUGCAGCACAGGAAAUAUAUAUCACCACCACUGGCUAUACGACGCAAUGUUCGCAAACAGCAUCUCCAAGUUAUCGUUUUCAGCCAUUCUCCUACACUCUGAAUGAUACUGUUCGAUAUGCACAGUCUAUUCCAUCUCCCACAACGACCAAAACCUACGGCCCAGCCUAUACCGAUGCCACUUUGCAUUUGACAACAAGUCUGUCUACAUCGACGUGGGGAAACUGGAUCCCCGGACAGACGGUGGUUAGCGCGACAGACACGGCAGAUCGAUAUGGCCAGGCAGCAUGGUCGUCCAUGUGGCAGGAUGCUGAUCUGAAGAACUACACCACGACUGGGCUAUACUCGACGACUGUCAGUCCGACGGCAGUUCCGAGCAGUGAGCUUGUUCUUCCACCGCGCGAUUACUUUGGUCCGACGGAUUGCUACAACUUUCCCGAUGACUUUGUCUUUGGUGUUGCUGGAAGUGCAGCACAAAUCGAAGGUGCUAUAGGUUUAGAAGGAAGAUCGCCGUCCUUCCUGGAGAAUCUGGCGACAGGCGAUCAGCCCACCAACUACGUGACCAACGAGAAUUACUUCUUGUAUAAACAGGAUAUUCAGCGUCUGGCGGCGAUGGGAGUCGAGUACUACAGUUUCUCGAUUCCGUGGACGCGUAUCCUCCCGUUUGUGCUGCCUGGGUCACCGGUUAAUGAGCAGGGACUGGCGCAUUAUGAUGACUUGAUCAAUACUGUAUUGGACGCUGGCAUGCAGCCGGUCGUGACGAUGUUGCACUUUGACAGUCCGUUGAUGUUUGUUGCGAGCGACAAUCGCUCAGCACAUCCCGACAUUGGCUACAACAAUGCCGGAUACCAGAAUGAAACCUUUGUCGACGCAUUCGUCAACUACGCCCAGAUCCUCCUGACGCAUUAUGGCGAUCGCGUCCCGAUCUGGGUGACCUUCAACGAGCCCCUGCUAUACUCGUACAACUUCCAAGGCGUCGACAACGUCGUGCACGCCCACGCCCAAGUCUACCACUUCUACCACGACGUCCUCCACGGCACGGGACAGCUGGGAAUCAAAUUCAACGACAACUUCGGGGUCCCCAAGGAUCCGCACAACGCCAGCCACGUUGAAGCAGCGAAUCGGUUUCAGGAUCUGCAGCUGGGCUUUUUCGCCAACCCCAUCUUUCUCGGAAAGCAGUAUCCGGCGUCUGUGCUGGAGACGAUGCCUGGCGCGAGGAAGCUGAAUCAGAGCGAGCUGGAGUAUUUGAAUAACACGGCGGACUUUUUCGGGAUAGAUCCCUACACGGCGACGGUGGUGUCGCCGGCUGACGAGGGGAUUGAAGCCUGCGCUAAAGAUGCAUCGAGUAGCAAUGCCCUCUUUCCCUAUUGCGUCAAGCAGGAGACGAUUAAUAUCCACGGGUGGAAUAUCGGCUAUCGCUCAGACACCUACGUCUACAUCACCCCGACCUAUCUCCGCGAAUACCUCUCCUACCUGUGGAACACAUUCCGGCAUCCCAUCGUAGUCUCUGAAUUUGGCUUCCCGGUGUCUGGCGAGUCAGAACUAGAACUAUCGGACCAGCUGUACGAUUCUCCGCGGAGUGUCUACUACCUCUCGUACAUGUCUGAGAUCCUCAAAUCCAUCCACGAAGACGGGGUGCAUGUCCUGGGUGCGCUGGCGUGGAGCUUUGCCGAUAAUUGGGAAUUCGGGUCGUAUGAGUCGCAAUUCGGGCUGCAGGUGGUGAAUCGCACGACUCAGGCGCGGUUCUACAAGAAGAGUUUUUUCGAGUUGGUGGAUUUUGUGCGCGGGAGGAUGGAUAAGUCGGGAUAGCUGUUUCAUGGAAUAGGAUAGAAGAAUAUAGGAUCGGAAUAUUAAAUAAACUAUGGUAUAGCCUAGCUGUGUCGAGUAUAGAGGGUGUCUCAGAAGACGCAAAAAUGGGUUUGUCUCAGGUUGAAACGCCGCGAUUCAUGGUUCGGGGCUAGACGAACCUCACCCGCAUGGAGUACUACUCAUACAGAACUGGGAUAAGGAGUUUUUUUUUUGUGUUUAUGCUCAAACUGGCUACAAUAGCGUUCCGUUUGAUGCCCUGGCUAGUACUGUUGAUGCCAGCACGGAGUGAUUGUGACAAGCUUAGUUUAUGCUGUAAUUUUAUUGAAGCUGGCUAUACUUCUUUUAGCUUGACUCAUUACUCAGUUCUAUGCUAUGCUGGAUGACUAUCUAUUAUUCAGAUGCACUGAUGUGUUCGAGUCUAUCCCCAUCUAGUUAGACAUAAUAUGGCCACUAGCCU